CGUAGAUAGCCUGUUCAAAACGCUAACGCUAAUCCCUAAUGCUAUUCCCAAACAGGGCCUUUAAUAAUUUAGCUUCUGCUUUGAGUAGAAGUGAUUUUUAUUCUGUUUGGCAGGAUUUGCUUGAAGCGAAGCCAAUGGAGCCAAUCCCCAACUGCAGAGUCACUUCACUCCCUCCAAAACCCCCUCCAAUUCUCCAUCAUCUUCCUUCUUCUCUCCUUCCCAACCCUCCCAAACCCAGUCAGAACCGCCGCCAUGCUCUCAAGAACAAAGCUUCUCAAACGGCCCGUCCCAUUCCGCCGAAACACUCCGCCAAGAAAAGGAGGAGACCGCCGCAAGCCCCGUCGGAAUUCGCGGAGCAGGACGCUUUCCCGGACUCGAUACCCAUUCACACCAAGAACCCACAUUCCGUUUACAAAGAUAUCCAGAGAUUCGCCCGCGAUAACAAGCUUAAAGAAGCCCUCACAGUCCUCGAUUACUUGGGUCGUCGGGGAAUUCCUGUAAAUGCCACCACUUUCAGUUCCAUCAUCGAGGCUUGCAUCCGGAUGAAGGCCACCAGAGAAGCCAAGACCGUCCACGAGCAUAUUCGGGCCAACGGGCUUGAAAAGAGUGAGUUUUUGCAGACGAAGCUUGUUCGUAUGUACACGGCAUGCGGGGCUGUUGAGGAUGCCCAGAAGGUGUUCGAUGGAUUGCCUGUGAGAGGCGUGUGCCAGUGGAAUGCAGUUCUCAGAGGAAAUGUGAUGCUGGGCAGCCGUAAUUAUCACGAGGUUCUAGAAACAUUUUCUGAAAUGCGGGCUUUGGGAGUAGAGUUGGACGCGUAUAGCUUCUCGUGUUUGAUCAAGAGUCUUGUUGGGGCCUCUGCACUUACCCAUGGUUUGAAAGUCCACGGGCUUCUGGUAAAGAAUGGUUUCGUGAACAGUGAUGUGAUUAGAACUUGUCUGGUGGAUUUGUAUUUCAAGUGUGGGAAGAUUAAGCUUGCUCGCCAGGUUUUUGAUGAGAUCGAAAACAGGGAUGUCGUCGCUUGGGGUGCCAUGAUUUCCGGUUUUGCCCAUAACCAUCGCCUAUGGGAAGCACUGGCAUGCGCAAGGCAGAUCAUUGAAGAGGGGAUGGAAUUCAACUCCGUUAUCCUGACCUCAAUUCUUCCGGUAAUUGGAGACGUGUUUGCAAGGAGAAUUGGCCAGGAGGCACAUGCUUACGCGAUCAAGACGAAGGGAUACAGCAGGGAAUUGUUCAUUCAGUCUGCCCUUAUUGACAUGUACUGCAAGUGUGGGGAUUUGAGCUCAGCAAGGAAGGUGUUUUCUAGUUCAAAUGAGAGAAACGCAGUCUCAUGGACUGCCUUGUUGUCCGGUUAUGUGGCAAACGGGAGGCUGGAUCAAGCUCUGAGGUCCCUUACAUGGAUGCAGCAAGAAGGCUUUAAUCCUGAUAUUGUCACCAUUGCCACAGUCCUUCCGGCUUGUGGGGAACUGAAGGUCCUGGCUCAAGGGAAGGAAAUCCAUUGUUAUGCCCUGAAAAACGGCAUCUUGCCCAACGUUUCUGUUGCAACUUCCCUGAUCAUGAUGUACGCAAGGUGUGGGCUUCUUGAAUAUUCACUGAGAGUGUUCCAAGGGAUGGAAAAACGGAAUGUGGUGGCGUGGACAGCCAUGAUGGAAUCGUACAUAGCAGCUGGAUGCCCGCACGAAGCACUCUCCGUUUUCCGGUCAAUGCAAUGGUCAAAGCUCAGCCCAGACACCAUUGCAAUGGGAAGAACACUGAAAGUGUGUGGUGAACUUAGGGAUCAAAAACUCGGGAGAGAAGUGCACGGGCAGGCGCUGAAGAAAGGCUUCGAGAGCUCCCAAUUCGUCUCUGCAGAAAUCAUCAAAAUGUACGGCACCUGCGGCGCAAUUGAUGAAGCCAGGUCUUCCUUUGAUGCAGUGCCUGUUAAAAGAACAUUGGCAUGGACAGCCAUGAUUGAUGCUUAUGUACACAAUGCCCUACAUGUGGAGGCAUUGCAGACUUUUAGGGCAAUGGUUUCGAAGGGCUGUUCUCCGAAUGCCUAUACAUUCAAGGCAGUUCUAUGUGCCUGCGAGCAAGCUGGAUUCGCAGACGAUGCGUGUGCGUAUUUUCACUUAAUGACCAGACAAUAUGAGAUUGAAGCGUCUGAAGAACAUUACGACAUCAUCAUCGGCCUCCUGCGACGCGUGGGUCAAACCGAAAAGGCUGAAAUUUAUGCACAUUUGAAGUCAUUGACAUAAAAGAUGGUUAAGGAUGUGUUUUUAUAUCCUUGUCUUGUGAAUUGUUGAACUUGUUCAUGGGGAAUGCUCCAAAAGUAGAGGGAGUUCUCAAUCUCCAUUAUUCAUAUAUAAUUGACAUGACAUGUGGCAUGAUAUAGUUUUUUUGAAAAGGAAAAAAAAUCUAUGACAAGGGA